AUGCCGCUCACCAACAACGCAGCUAUGAGUUGGUUUCCUCUUUCCCAGACCCAACCCCCCAUUGUUGGCUUUCUGCUACGAAGAUCACCUGUCUUUCCAGAAGGACGGUCGCUGCCAGCACACAGUCAGAAUAAUGCAGCCUACUUCAGUCCUGACCACCCUUCUUCUGCUAACUCACUCGGGCCUGCCGGAGAAUUUCUGAAGGCGUUACAAAGGCGGUACUCAGAAGAAAUAGAAUGCGGACCGUCGAUUUGGGUGCGUCAAAGUGGCGGUCUUCUUUCCAACGCUAGCUGGAUCAUUUGUGACAUUUUCUGCGAGGUUUUCAACUCUUGUGCAUUUUUCAAUCCUUUCCAGCCCGCCCAGCCCCAAACUCCCUCAUCUUCCUUUCACUAGCUUCACUGAAAUGAUACCUGCUACAUUAAGGGUCAUGGACUGGCCUAAAUAUCUGUUAGUUGCUGCGGGCUUUCUUGUAUAUCUUGCUGUUGCACAAGAACAAGGACCGCAGCCAAGACAACUAAAUAAUGCCUUAUGCUACUGGGACUCGCCACGAGGUAACUUCAUCACUACUUCUUGUCGAGACAGUUGGUAUUGACCGAAAUUCAGCCGCUCUUAUUCGGGACACGUUUUAUAUCGAUGGAGGUGAACUUUCGUGGAUGGCCAGCAUGGCCGAUGGAACACUUAGCCCAGUUAGCGACGGUGAGCUGGAAAAACCACUAUGGAUCCAAACUUUUCUCACGUAAUUAGACAAUCCACGGGGGGUGGUAUUUCAAUUGAACUUCAGCACGCCGUUCAAUACCACAAAUGACUUCAAUUUUACUACGGCGUUUAUCACAAACCUCACAAAAGCAGCUGGAGGUGGAAGCGCGAACAACAUCUUCCCUCAGUAUUAUGACGGAGCUAUGUUUGCAAACGAUUACGAUUGGAUCACAUAUGGAGGCCUUUAUUUAAACACGGAUGCGUACCAGCCACAGCCAGCGAAUCAAUUUGUGACUUAUCAAAGAUAUCCAGAUGGACCACUGACCUUUGAUCCAGGCUUUAAGUUGGGGACUUUGACAGGUAAUACGACCAGGUAUAUUACAAACGGCGCAACCGCCAACGUCCCGUCAGAAAAUCUUGGUUUCUACUUUGGGGGCUUAAGGUCAAACACUUCUGGCACUAUUUUCAAGCUUUCUUCGAAUACUACAGUGACAGCCAACGUCCAAUCUACCACGCUUAUAACGGCAGAUUUAUCAGACCAAGGUAGAGAGUUAUGGAGCAAUGAUACAUUGCCACCAAAUAUACCAGGACGUGCGAAUGCGGAGCUUGUUUGGGUUCCUGUCGGGGAGAAAGGUAUUUUGGUUGCGAUUGGAGGAGUCAUUUAUCCUUCAUUUGCAACUCCUCAAAAGAAAAACAAUGCUUCAAUUAAUGCCUUGAGUGUUAGUGAUAUGAGUGUUUUCAUGGACUUAGCUAACACGGCAACAGAUAGCUACGAGCCCCACAUUCAUGACCACUGUUUCUGUUUAUGACAUCGCUACCAAGAUCUGGUACCAACAGAAUACCACUGGAGAAGAUCAUCCUGGACAAUUAACACAGGGUUGUACGGUACUCGCGUCUGCUCAAGAUGGCUCCAGUCAUAAUAUCUACUGGUAUGGCGGGUAUGAUGGUCUAGAUCAAAAAGGCAUUCUGUCCGACGAUGUUUGGGUUUUAUCCAUUCCCACAUUUGCAUGGGUGAAGGUUAAUUCAGGAAUUUCUUCUCACGGGCGCGCUGGCCACCGAUGUACCAAACCAUAUCCUGAUCAAAUGGUUGUGGUUGGGGGGUAUCCUAGCCUCUCCGGGGACUCCAUAAAAUGUGUUCAGGGAUUUAUUCAAGUCUUCAACCUCACUACCGCUCAAUGGAUUACCUCAUACCAUCCAGAGAAGUGGUUUAACUACGGGGUACCUGCAAGCGUUGUGUCUGUUAUUGGAGGAAGCGCUACUGGCAGCGCUACUCAGACAAACCCUAGCCCGAACGGAUUCUCAAAUUCCUCAAUGACAGCUCUCUUCAAUACGAAAUACGAUACCACUAAGAUAAAAACAUGGUACCCAUACCACCUGGCCCCAUCGAACGAUGUUAACAGUACUACCAUCCUUCCCUCCGCUGUUCGCAAGCCUUCCAAUGGCACCCCAGGAUAUCUAGCCCCAGUCUUGGGCGUCGUACUAGGUCUUAUUUUCAUCGGUUUGGUAGCUCUUGCCAUUUAUCUUUGGAGGAGAAAGAAGUAUCUCAAUCCCAAUGGAACAGCAACACAAAGUGAACAAGGAACUUUGGAAAAUAGAAGAUGGGUCACGAAUUGGCUGAGGAACUCAUCAUCACCAGUUCCUGUAAACGAAAAAGCGCCGACGGUGACAACAGAUGAUACACAUGUUCCUCUCGAGUACGAGCAAGAACGAGCCUAUCUUCCAGAAGUUGGAGGUACUCAGAUCGUUGAGAUGGCUGGUGAGUAAAACCAAGAGUCUACAGAAUGAAAGAAUGCUAAUAAAUUUCAGAUACUUCGCGACCUACAGAACUCUCUGGAGGCUUCGUCCCGCUCUCGACAAACAAAACCUCAAGAGGUCAUGGAACUCAUCGUUCUCCAUCCACAGGCUCGCACAUCUCUCAUACUUCAUCUGUCUCCCGCGAAUCAAACGGUUCCAAUGCCCGUCCAAGCAUCUCUCCUCUCCCAACACCUCGCGCUGAUUCUCCGCCUGUGGGCACACCAAUUGGGGAACUGCCAGACAGACAACGUGGAUUCAGCGGCAUCUCAAAUGUUUCCGAGUCCGAUCGUGGACAUCUGAGAGGCAUCAGUGAGACUAGCGUUAGUACUGAUGGCCGGGCAUAUGCUACACCGAUGAAAAUCCCGGAAUUAGAGGAGGGGGGCGCAAGUUCUCAUCCUGUUUAUACAGGCGCGAUUACGAGUGCACCAGAAGCAACGGGAGGAGCGAGACCCAGUGCUGUGAGUCCGUUGACGCCGCCGAUGGCUAUUCAAGAGGGAAGCGAUUAUAUUGGCGCUGGCUCGGGUGUGUCUUCGAGUAGUCGGUUGGGUGCUGCUGAUACGAUGAGGGGGAGUCCGAGUGUGAGUGAGAAUCGGAAGAGUAUGUUUGAGGAGAAUUUGGAUGAUGAGAAGUGAGGUUUUGGACCAGACAGUUAAGUGAGCUCAGGAUGUGGGAAUAGAUCUCUGGAAGUGGGGUGUAAUGCGUAUAUGAUGUUAUGAUGAUACUUUGUAAUCAGGGUUUCUUUUCUUGUUUAAAAUCUUUCGAGGGGGCUGGGGUCGAGAGAGCUUGGGUUUCGGCGCCAG